CUUUGACCUGCCAUAGAAACUCUAUGAGGUCGGCCUGCCGCUGCGUCAACGGCUCACUUUCCUCCGUCGAUUUCGUCACCCGAGCCUCAGUUGUAUGUUUAUACUGAUAAAUGUGAACUUAGCUUAACACCAGUAGCACUAGUGGCACGGCCAGGUUGUGCUAAGCUGAAGUGCAGCUACUAUUACUGACAGAUAUUUAGACGAGCCGAGAGUUUAACAACAAGGCGCGCUAGCAAGGAAAAACGUUGAGUUAGUAUUUUCAGAGACACUGCAUGGCCCUCUUGUCAAAAGGCCACGGAAGCACCAUUGGAGAAGGUAGUGAAGAAAGGAGGUGCCGAUGAUGCGUCGUCGGUGAAGCCUGCGUAGAGGGGUCUUCCGGCAGCGCAGUGUGACGGAACAACCACAGCGCUUCAUUUGCAAGGCCAAGACAAGACGAUAGGCAAGCCAUUCAUUCCUCUCUUCGUGAAGUCGACACGACGUCUGGAAUGGCGCUUCCGGACACUCGGGCAUGCUGGCCUGUGGCGGCCUCCGCGGCCGUGUUUGUCUUCUUCGGCAUGAUGCUGAUAAAAUCCGAGUCCGUCAUGUACGUGGGAUUCAUAAGCAUGUUUCAGGUCAACCGGGAGAAAGCGUCGUGGCCCCUCACUCUCGCCGUCAUCAUGUCGCAGCUCUCAGGGCCCCUGUACGGUCUGCUCAGUCUCUGGCUUUCGGACCGGGUCCUGCUGAUGGCCGGUGCCCUUCUCUGUGCGCUGCCUGUCAUGGCCUGCGCCCUGGCACAGAGCCUGGGACUCGUCAUCUUCCUCUACGGUGUCCUCUUCGGGCUAGGAGUGGCCUGUGAGGAGCUAUUACCGUUCACUGUGGUGGCCCGGCACUUCGUUCGCUACCGGGGCACAGCCAUGGGUCUGCUCUUCGCUGUGACCGCCGGCUCGGGCUUCGUGUCCCCCCUGAUUGUUGAAGCGCUGCGGCAGGCGUUCGACUUCCGCACGGUGCUGCUCAUACUGGGCGCCAUCGAGCUGAACAUGCUGUUCGGCUGCGUCUUCGUCGACCGCGUGCCACGGAGCGACAGUCGUGUGGGCGGCGACUGCGAAGCGCCCCCGAAGUCGGUCGCUCGAGGGCGCGCCCGUGCGAGCACCUUCCACACUGCGUCGCUUGCCAAAUGCUGCUCCAAGGACCUCGUCUCGUCCCUUCCAAUUCCAAGGUCCCCCGCACGCAGCUAUCCGAAGGAGGUGGACCCGCUGCUGACAAAAAGUGUCUCGAGGAAGCUGGUCUCGCUAGCAUCCGUUCCGUUCCUGCACGUCGCGGCGUCGCGAGCAGUGUCUGUCUUCAUGCUCUCGUCGUUCCUGCUCUCCGCCGUGGACUUUGGCUCGGACAACGGUCUCGUUGGCUACGAGGCUGUCGCUCUGGUCACUGCGAGCGCUGUCGGAGACCUGGUUUCACGAGUAGGCACCGGCCUACUCUUGGACGCUAAAGUGCUAAGCGGCGAAGCCCUGAUGCUAUGGAGCUUCGCUGUCCAGGCAGCAGCCAUGACUCUAUUGGGACUCACGAAGAAAUACUGGCUUCUCCUUGCCAGCUGCUUCUUCACUGGCCUAACGGCAGGGGCUCGAAUACUCGCCUGCACCAUCAUGGUUGCCGAGCUUUUCGACGAACAGUCGCUGUCGCUCAGUCUGGGCAUCACAAACUUCACAGCCGGAAUCAUUUGCUUGGCGAGGCCAUCCGUCAUUGGCUACGCACGAGACGUCGUCGGUUCGUACAGCCCCCUCUACGUGGCCUUCGCCGUAACCAACGCAGUUUUUACAGUCACCUGGACGGUGAGCCUGUGCUGGCACAGGUGUCGGACACACCUGCAACGCAAACUAGCGAACGACGUCACAGUUUCAUCUCGUUGCUUCAAUAUGGCCGGAUAGGAUGGAAUUCCACACAUCAGGCAUGGAGGUACGUAACCAAUAACUUCGGGAGGCGUUCUACUGUAUUCGUCGAUGACAUCCGAUAGCUAGUCUAGAAUUUCUAUGCCUCAUCGUUGAUCUUGCAUUUAAAGCGGAUGAAUAUGGCUUGAUUUGUUCAUUCGUUCAUACCGCUCCGUUCUGGAUGAUGAGACGACGUGAAGAGUUGGUGUAUUCAGCUUUGCUUUAGGAACUGUUUAAAAUUUUCUGCUGUGAACCCUGUUCCAUGAUAUGAAAGGAACUUCCCUUGUUCGCCGGCAGCACAUGGCCAGUGUUAUGGCAAGUGGAUAAAUUUUUUUGAUGAGCCUAUCCAGAAAAUCCUCCAAUGGUGUUCACUGCAAGGAGAUGGAAAGGUUCUUCAGCUGGAGUUCGUGACUCAAGUGAUGCGUACGUCGUUCUUUUGGUCUUUUUGCAUUUCUGGCAUGCGUCAUAAUGUCGAGUGUAGUUGGCGACAUCGCUUACUGUAUCGUGCCACUAGUAUUCUGGAGACAACUGUGACAAUGUCUUCUUCACGCCGACAUGACCAAAAUGCUGAGCUUUCCUAUGAAUCGUUGGGCGCAGUUCAUAAGGCAAGUAUAUCUCCGUUAGGUCUUUCUUUUUGAAGAUGACUGUGUCGUUUUCUAGCGAGUAUACAUUCCUUUGGGGCGCUCGUUGUUACACUUCUGAAGAUCAGUGGGUGAAAGAAGCUGCACUACAGCAGCUCUCUUAACCCUUUAAGGCGCCUUGUACACAAUUGUGUACAUUGUAUUUCUGGUGUUUUUUUACGUUUAGGGUGCGCAAUUUUCUAUUAGGUUGGCUUUAGCGCAUUCCCAAACAUUAAACUGACAACCAUGUGCAUUUUGGGCGCCAUUUGUCGCAUUUCGGUGAAGAUGUUCAUAUCAAAACAAGAAAUGGCGGACGCUGGAGCAGCAAAGAGCGGUGAGUCAAGUUCUUAUUUAUUUAGAUCCGCUUUUUUUUAUUGUGGCAAGCGAAAAAAAUUAGACGCGCUUGUGCAUCAUAUGAAGUACCGAGGAGUGAUAAUUUCAUCCAUUCUGAGGAGAUGACCGAACGCUAACGCUCGCACGCGCAUGUGUACACGAUUGUGUACAAAGCGCCGUGGUCGCUGCAGAAAUGAAGAACGCUGAGAGUUGCUUUGAUUUUCUUUCCAGGUUUUUUGGCCAUUCGUCGUUCUUCUUUCUAAGUGCAAACAAGCAUAAGAAAACCCAAAAUACAGCUGAAAGGCUUUUGGAGAUCAUUGCUGAUAAAUGUUUCAGACAUCGGGGAAAGUGACGAAGAAGAAGCCACGUGUGAAGCGACCGACGCCUGCAUUGCAGCUGCGUUCACCAACCUCACAGAAGAAGAAGAUGCUGCUGUAGGGGAAACACAAGCUGAAGAAGUGGAAACUGAGAGUGCUUUUUCUUUUUGUGAACCUGGGUACCUGCAAUUAUUUGCUGGACUACCACCGCGACAAUCAAACGCUGCCUAGAGCUAAACUCCUAUAUUUGAUGAAUUUUCGCUUGCAAGCUGCCGAAGCAUUAAUUAAGUCGGUACUACCCGAGAAAAAGCGUGGAAGGCCUUCUCUUGCAGAGAUCCAAGCACCACAACCAAAGAUAGGGCAAAAAAGCAAGAAUAUCGCUUCCUUGCACCGACGCACACUACGACUCCUUUGACCAUUGGCCCGAAUCCCGCGACCAGAAGGUGCGAAUUAGGUGCAAGCUCGAGAAGUUCACACGAGGCGCCCGGAUAUUCUGCAUGAAAUGCGGCACGCCACUGUGCCUGACGAAAGAGAGAAAUUGCU